AUGUCAUUCUAUCAUUUCCUUCCUUCUGUUCUUUCCUUUCUUCUUUGGUUUUCUUUCCUUGCUACCAAUAUCCUUCUUUCAAUAUUUCCCUUACUUUUUCUUUGCCACCAUUUGUUGCUAACGGAUAUCAUUCCCAUCGUCCCAUUGUCUUCUUUCCUCGUUUUCAUAUUAUUUUUCUUUCUUUUCUUUCUUGUUUCCAUUAUUUUCUUUCUGGUGUUGUUUCUUUCCUCGGAUUCUUUACGUCAUUCAUUUCAUUCUGUCCUUAAUAAUAUCCUUCACAUUUUCUCUCUUUUAUUUUCAUUCUUUCCUUUAUUUUUUACUCUCAUCUUUCUGUCCUUCGUUCCUUGCUUCUAUUCUGUCAUUAUUGAUUUAAUUUUCUUUUCUAUAUUCUUUCUUUUAUUCCUUGCUUUCAUCGUCUCUUUACUGAUAUCUUUCAUUUCUUUUACUCUUUUUAAUUCCCUUUCUCAUUCAGUUAACAACCCAAAUAUUCUUUCUUUUCUUAUAUCCUUUCUUUUUCUGUUUCUUUUCUUUCCUAUUUUCAUUAUUUUAUUUCUGAUAUAUCAGAUUCUAAUGUCCUUCAUUACUUUCAUUCUUUCCUUACUAAUAUCCUUCCAGCCUUCUCUUCUUCAUUUUCCUUGCUUUUUCACUUAUUUCCUUUCCUUACUGAUAGCUUUUUAUACUUUCCUUUCCUUCCUUUCUUCUUUUUAUUCCUUACUGAUCCUUUUUCUUUCCUUCGUGUCUCCCAAUUAUUCAUUACGUCUAUCCUUUCAUGGUUAUUAUCCUUUCCUUAUAGAGUUUCCUUCCUUGCUUCCUGGUUUUGAUUAUUCCUUUACUUUUAUUCCUUCAGUUUCCUUACUCUGCUUUCAUUCUUUCCUUACUAACAUGCUUUCUUUCCUCAUUCCCUUUCUCUCUUUCUUUAUUUUAAUUCUCUCCUUACUGAUCGCUUUUCCUUCCACAAUGUCUACUGUUUAUUACUUGUGUUUAUCCUUUCCUUGUUGA